AUGUUAUCAAGAAAAGCUACGUGCAACACUCAUGGGCAGGACUCAUCCUAUUUCCUCGGUUGGCAAGAGUAUGAAAAAAACCCAUAUCACCCAAAUCUUAAUCCUUCAGGAAUUAUUCAAAUGGGUCUUGCAGAGAACCAGCUCUCUUUUGAUCUUCUCGAAUCUUGGCUCGACCGCAAUCCUGAGGCUGCCGAGUUGAAGAGGGACAACGGCACGUCUGUGUUCAAAGAGAUGGCUCUGUUCCAGGAUUAUCACGGCCUGCCAGCUUUUAAAAAUGCAUUAGCAGAGUUCAUGUCUGAGUUGAGAGGCAACAAGGUCACGUUCGACCCGAACAGUUUGGUCCUCACCGCCGAGACUCUCAUGUUCUGCCUUGCCGACGCAGGCGACGCUUUCCUCGUCCCAACCCCGUACUAUCCAGGGUUUGAUCGGGAUCUCAAAUGGCGAACCGGAGUCGAGAUUGUCCCGAUCCACUGCUUGAGCUCCAACGACUUCCGCAUCACAGAAACCGCUCUGGAAGCCGCACACAAACUCGCCACGAAACGUCGACUACGAGUACGGGGCGUGUUAAUAACCAACCCAUCCAACCCGCUGGGCACGACCCUAACCCGACCUGAACUCGACAUUGUCCUCGACUUCGUCGCGUCCAAAAACAUCCAUCUCGUCAGCGACGAGAUCUACUCUGGCACCAACUUCGACUCUCCGUCCAGCUUCAUCAGUGUCGCGGAGCUCUUGAUGGGUAGACCCGAAUUAUCCGACAGCGUCCAUAUAGUCUACAGUCUCUCUAAAGACCUCGGCCUCCCUGGAUUUCGCGUCGGUGCAGUCUAUACAAAUAAUCAGUUAGUUGUGACAAAAAUGUCAAGCUUCGGGCUCAUGUCGUCGCAGACACAGUACUUGUUAUCAGCGAUGCUCGGCGACAAAGGGUUCACUAAAAAGUACAUAGUCGAAAACAAGAGGAGGCUCAAGGAGAGACACCAGAAAUUCGUUUACGGGCUUCAGGAGGCCGGUGUGGGCUGCUUGGAGAGCAAUGCGGGCCUUUUCUGCUGGGUCGACAUGAGACACCUGCUGAAGUCCAGCACUUUGGAUGGAGAGAGGGAGUUAUGGAAGAAGAUUUUGUUCGAUGUGGGACUAAAUGUUAGCCCCGGAUCGUCGUGCCACUGUGAGGAGCCGGGGUGGUUUAGGAUGUGCUUUGCCAAUAUGAGCGAGGAGACGCUCCAGCUCGCAAUGCGGAGGNACACAAGGCAUCUCGAACAGUGGAACAGUCUAACAAGCGUCAUCAAUGGUCACAUUGCACAGUGUGCGCCCACAUUUCGCCGCUCAAUAGCCAUCAAACAAUUAAUUCGCAUUCAAGAAGAGUAUGAGGUCAGAAAACAGGAUUUGAUACCCUACCAUAAGAUGGCCGUUGAGAUGGCGGAAUUGUUUGAAGGAUUCUUCAUCGAAUACAUUCCACGCUUACAGAAUGCCUACGCGGACGCAUUAGCAGCAUUAGCAGUAUCUCUGGCACAGCCUCCAGAAACGGAACAAUUCUUACGGUAA